AUGACCAAUGCCGAGUUAGUUACAAUUGGUGGACAUUCCAUAAAUUAUUGUUGAAUAGUAAUGUAUAACGGGAUUAAAAUACAUACAAUAGCCUGCGUCAUCUUAGCACUGCACUGUUCUCAAGAAACAGUGGGACGUCUGACAAAACGUAAUGGCUAUAGUACGUAUCAAACACACGGUGGCCAUUCACAUGGUAAUGGUGCGUUAUUUGAGCCUCAAGAGCAGCACUCGGCUGCAGAACAUGAAGCUCCCAGUGGAGGUGGUGGUGGUGGUCCGGUUGACAACAAAUAUGACAAUAGUUACUAUGAAUAUAAAAUAAGCUCUUCCAAUGGAGCAUCAGCACAUGCACCACAUUCUUCAAAUGCGCCUUCAUAUCAUCUAGUUAGUGAACCACCCUCGAAUGGUCACAAAUCGGGUUACAGCAUUGGCAGUGGUUUACGUUCUAUAGCUCAAGGUUCAGCCAAUCAAGCGUAUACUGCGGUGGCUUCGCAGCACGCGGCCGCCAAGCAGGCUGCUUUUUUGGCCAAAAACAGUUUAGCUCAGGCUGCUUCUCAAGCGGCGGCUACCGCCCAAGCAGCAUUAGAAGGUAAACAGGUACUCUUAGAGGAACUACAACAUCAAGCAGCCAAUGCUCAAAGAGCUCUCUCCCGCGAACUAGAACAAUUGCAGGCCGCAAAAGUAGCAACCAGAUUGGCCCAGCAGACAGCACAAUCUGCCCGCAAUCAUAUUUCCGUGCUAACAGCGGCCCUCAAUAGUGCUAAAGCUGUGGCCGAACAUGCUGAUCAAGCCUCCCAGGAAGUAUCCAGUCAACUUGCCUCUCAAUCAGCCAUGGUAGGGCAAGCUAAAGCCAGAUUGGAACAAGUGGAGGAACAACUAAAACAAGCCAGUAUAGAUUAUGAUGCUACAAAAGAGGCAACACUUAAAGCUUCUUCUUCCGCAGCAGAAGCUCAAGUGAAUGCCUCAAAAGCGGCUGCUCAUGCUACUUUAGAACUUCACGAAAGUGUGCAAAAUAAUUCGGGUGACGAGGAUUCCUACGAAGAUGCCCAGCCGUAUGAGCAUUCACAACAAAAUGGUCCGCCGAGUCAUCCAUCUAUCGAUAGGCGUCCCAAAAAAUCGAAACGUUCAAAUAGAAUUGAACAGUACUGA